GAGAGCUGGGAGCCGGAGCCGGAGCCGAAGCCGGCGCAGGGAGGCGGCCGCCUGCGCCGGGGACUGUCAGCUCCGCACGAUGCACCUCCGGCUCUUCUGUAUCCUGCUCGCUACGGUCUCCGGAGCCCAGGGCUGGGGCUACUAUGGCUGUGACGAGGAGCUGGUGGGACCCCUGUACUGGCGCUCACUGGGUGCUUCUUCCUACUACGGGCUCCUCACGGCGCCUCGCUUCGCUCGUUUGCACGGCAUAAGUGGAUGGUCACCCCAGAUCAAGGACCCGAAUCCCUGGCUCCAGAUAGAUCUAAUGACGAAGCACCGGAUCCGGGCCGUGGCCACGCAAGGCUCCUAUAACUCGUGGGACUGGGUCACACGCUACAUGCUACUUUAUGGAGACCGCGUGGACAGCUGGACUCCAUUCUACCAGCGAGGCCAUAACGCGACCUUCUUCGGGAACGUGAACGAGUCGGCGGUGGUGCGCCACGACCUGCAUUUCCAUUUCACCGCGCGCUACAUCCGCAUCGUGCCGCUGGCCUGGAACCCGCGCGGCAAGAUCGGCCUGAGGCUCGGCCUCUACGGCUGCCCCUACAAGUCCGACGUACUCUAUUUUGACGGCGACGACGCCAUCUCGUACCGCUUCCCAAGAGGGGCCAGCCGGAGCCUGUGGGACGUGUUCGCCUUCAGCUUCAAGACGGAGGAGAAAGACGGGCUGCUCCUGCACACAGAGAGCGCGCAGGGCGACUACGUGACGCUGGAGCUGCAGGGGGCCCAGCUGCUGCUGCACAUGAGCCUGGGCAGCAGCCCCACCCAGCCAAGGCCAGGCCACACGACCAUGACCGCCGGAGGGGUCCUCAACGACCAGCACUGGCACUACGUGCGCGUGGACCGAUUCGGCCGCGAUGCCAACUUCACCCUGGAUGGCUACGUGCAGCGCUUCGUGCUCAACGGAGACUUUGAGAGGCUAAACUUGGACAAUGAGAUAUUCAUUGGGGGCCUGGUGGGCGCGUCACACAAGAACCUCGGCUAUCGGCAUAAUUUCCGCGGCUGCAUAGAGAAUGUCAUUUUCAACCGCGUCAACAUCGCCGACUUGGCCGUGCGGCGCCACUCUCGGAUCACCUUUGAGGGUAAGGUGGCCUUCCGGUGUCUGGACCCAGUUCCGCACCCCAUCAACUUUGGAGGUCCUCACAACUUCGUGCAAGUGCCUGGCUUCCCCCGACGGGGCCGCCUCGCUGUCUCCUUCCGCUUCCGCACCUGGGACCUCACGGGGCUGCUCUUGUUCUCCAGCCUGGGGGACGGGCUGGGCCACGUGGAGCUGAUGCUCAGUGAAGGGCAGGUCAACGUGUCCAUCGCGCAGAUGGGUCGAAAGAAGCUUCAGUUCGCAGCUGGGUACCGCCUCAACGAUGGCUUCUGGCAUGAGGUGAAUUUUGCGGCACAGGAAAACCAUGCUGUCAUCAGUAUCGAUGAUGUGGAAGGGUCAGAGGUCAGGGUCUCGUACCCACUACUGAUCCGGACAGGGACCUCAUAUUUCUUUGGAGGGUGUCCCAAGCCAGCCAGCCAGUGGGGCUGCCAUUCCAACCAGACUGCAUUCCAUGGCUGCAUGGAGCUGCUCAAGGUCGACGGCCAGCUGGUCAACCUGACUCUGGUGGAGUUCCGGCGCCUCGGGCACUUUGCCGAGGUCCUCUUUGACACAUGCGGCAUCACGGACAGCUUCAUUUGCUACUGUGAACUGACAGGCUACAAGGGGGAGACCUGCCACCAGCCUUUGUAUAAGGAAUCCUGUGAGGCUUAUCGGCUCAGUGGGAAAACUUCUGGGAACUUUACCAUUGAUCCUGAUGGCAGUGGCCCUCUGAAGCCCUUUGUUGUCUACUGUGACAUCCGAGAGAACCGAGCGUGGACAGUGGUGCGGCAUGACAGGCUGUGGACGACAAGGGUGACAGGAUCCAGCAUGGAGCGCCCCUUCCUGGGCGCUGUCCAGUACUGGAAUGCAUCCUGGGAGGAGGUCAGCGCGCUGGCCAACGCUUCCCAGCACUGUGAACAGUGGAUCGAGUUCUCCUGCUACAACUCCAGGCUGCUUAACACUGCAGGUGGUUACCCCUACAGCUUUUGGAUUGGCCGAAAUGAGGAGCAGCACUUCUACUGGGGAGGCUCCCAGCCUGGGAUCCAGCGCUGCGCCUGUGGUCUGGACCGGAGCUGCGUGGACCCGGCCCUACACUGCAACUGCGAUGCCGACCAGCCCCAGUGGAGAACUGACAAGGGGCUGCUGACCUUCGUGGACCAUCUGCCCGUCACCCAGCUGGUGGUGGGGGAUACGAACCGCUCCAAUUCUGAAGCCCAGUUCUUCCUGAGGCCUCUGCGCUGCUACGGCGACCGAAACUCCUGGAACACCAUCUCCUUCCACACGGGGGCCACACUGCGCUUCCCCCCAGUGCGUGCCAACCACAGCCUGGACAUCUCCUUCUACUUCAGGACCUCGGCCCCCUCUGGAGUCUUCUUAGAGAAUAUAGCGGGCCCUUACUGUCAGUGGCGCCGGCCCUACCUGCGGGUGGAACUCAACACAUCCCGGGACGUGGUGUUCGCCUUCGAUGUGGGGAACGGGGAUGAGAACCUGACAGUGCGCUCCGAUGACUUUGAGUUCAACGACGAUGAGUGGCACCUGGUCCGGGCAGAAAUCAACGUGAAGCAGGCCCGACUCCGAGUGGAUCACCGGCCCUGGGUGCUUCGGCCCAUGCCCCCACAGACCUACAUCUGGCUGGAGUAUGAUCAGCCCCUCUAUGUGGGGUCUGCAGAGCUGAAGAGGCGCCCCUUUGUGGGCUGCUUGCGGGCCAUGCGUCUGAAUGGCGCGACUCUGAACCUGGAGGGCCGUGCCAAUGCCUCGGAGGGGACCUCCCCCAACUGCACCGGCCGCUGCACCCACCCUCGGUUCCCCUGUUCCCAUGGGGGCCGCUGCGUGGAGCGCUACAGCUAUUACACAUGCGACUGUGAGCUCACAGCCUUCGAGGGGCCAUACUGCAACCAUGAUAUCGGCGGCUUCUUCGAGCCUGGCACCUGGAUGCGCUACAACCUGCAGUCGGCACUGCGCUCAGCGGCCCAGGAGUUCUCCCACAUGCUGAGCCGGCCAGUGCCGGGCUACGAGCCUGGCUACGUGCCCGGCUAUGACACUCCAGGCUACGUGCCUGGGCACCAUGGCCCCGGGUAUCGCCUGCCGGACUACCCCCGGCCGGGCCGGCCGGUGCCCGGUUACCGCGGCCCGGUGUAUAACGUGACUGGAGAGGAAGUCUCCUUCAGCUUCAGCACCAGCUCGGCCCCUGCGGUGCUGCUGUACGUCAGCUCCUUUGUGCAGGACUACAUGGCGGUGCUCAUCAAGGAAGAUGGCACCCUGCAGCUGCGCUACCAGCUGGGCACCAGCCCCUACAUGUACCAGCUGACCACCCGCCCGGUGACAGAUGGGCAGCCACACAGCGUCAACAUCACCAGGGUCUACCGCACCCUGUUCAUCCAGGUGGACUACUUCCCACUGACAGAACAGAAGUUCUCACUGCUGGUGGACAGUCAGUUGGACUCACCAAAGGCCCUGUAUCUGGGGCGUGUGAUGGAGACCGGCAUCAUUGACCCAGAGAUCCAGCGCUACAACACACCAGGUUUCUCGGGCUGCCUGUCGGGCGUUCGAUUCAACAAUGUGGCUCCCCUCAAGACCCACUUCCGGACCCCUCGGCCCGUGACUGCCGAGCUGGCCGAGGCACUUCGAGUCCAGGGAGAACUGUCAGAGUCUAACUGCGGUGCCAUGCCACGCCUUGUCUCAGAGGUGCCCCCUGAGCUUGAUCCCUGGUACCUGCCCCCAGACUUCCCGUACUACCACGACGAUGGAUGGGUGGCCAUACUCUUAGGCUUUUUGGUGGCCUUCCUGCUGCUGGGACUGGUGGGAAUGUUGGUGCUCUUCUACCUGCAAAACCAUCGCUACAAGGGCUCCUACCACACCAACGAGCCCAAGGGCAGCCAUGACUACCAGCCUGGCAGCAAGCCUCCCCUCCCCACUGCAGGCUCUGUCCAGGCCCCAGCACCCCCGCCAGCUCCAGCCCCUGCUCCCACCCCCGCCCCUGCAGCCCUAGGCCCGGCCCCUCGGGACCAGAACUUACCCCAGAUCCUGGAGGAAUCCAGGUCUGAAUGAAUGAGGAGGGCUUCAGGGACCAAGUCCAUCUUCCCUGGCUCUCCUCACCCCUGUCUCCACCCCACCCUGGCAGGGACAUUGGCUCUUUUUAGCUGGCUCUGCCCAUCUAGAAGAUACCCCUUCUGCCACAGGUGGUCGGCAGAGCUACAGAUGGGACCAAAGGGAGUGGCCGAGCCUCACUGCCUAAACCAAUGCCCUGCCCAUCUCUGUCCCUGCCAUCCCCUCCACCCCCCACCCCAAGCGCCCGCCCCAAAGGAGAAGCCGCAUGGGGCUGAGGCAGGCCCUUCCUGCCACUCCUGUCCCAGCCGCUGCUGCCAGGGAGCAAUAACAGAGUGUAGGGGAGAUUAACCGCCUCCCUUCAAAGAUACAAUCUCAGCAGGGACAGAUGUGUGGGAUUGUAGGGAUGAACAGGGCAUGGGGGGAGGAGGCUGCUAAAUCAUCCCCCAGCCUCCCCCCUGCCCUGCAGAGUGUCACCCAUCUGCUUACACUCAGCUGGGGGUGAGGGAGGGCCCCACUGCUAUAUCGCCCCGCCUUUUUGUUUUUCACACAGAGGCCAAGAGGCCUCAGUUUAGCACCUUAGCAACUCCGCUGCUUCAUAUGCUUCAGCCAAAGCCAUAGCAACCCCUGCAAGCUAGAGAAGGCAGACAUGCUGACGAGCCAGCCCACGGCUCUCCACCCGCUCGCUCUCAAGAUAUGCAACAGCCUCGUGCCUGACCCACUCGAGGCCUGGCCCUGCCCCAAUGCAUGAGGGCCUGUCCUGCACUCAGACGCUGCUUCACUUGCCCAGGAGGUCACAGUCUUUAUAUAUUUUUUUUGUUGCAAAGUCUCUCUCUAGAGAAACUCUAUAUAGUACUCUAAUUUUUUAAUUCUCAGUUUAUAUAUAAAAGGAAAAGACACAACAACUGACUGUCCUGUGCUGUGCCCAGUCAGUAGUCCGCUCGCUGGAAGUGGAAGUCCUGCUGGCCCCCUCCCUAGAGCACGGCGGGGCCGGCUGCACUCAGACUCUGGAGCCCUUCCAAUAAAGGCAGAGUGGCAGAG